AUGGCCGUCCAAGACAAAGAAUUCGUAGAGUGGCCCAGACCCCUGAGAACAGAAGCCGACCAGCGAAAUCCUGACAAAUACUGUCAGUUCCAUCGCACUCAUGGCCAUGAUACCAAUAACUGCUUUCAGUUAAUCGCAGAAAUCGAAAGGCUGAUAAAGAGAGGGCACCUGAAGAACUUCGUGAAGAAACAAGAAGGACAACGACCUCAGCCCAAUUCGGCAACCCAAGCGUCGAGGAGAGCAGGAGCAGUGAAUGAUGGGUCUAGUGGGACCAUUAACAUGAUUGUGGGGGGCACAGGAGGUCGGAUGAGCCGUAGAGGAAAGAAGAGGAGUCGAGAGGGAGAAAGCAGUGGCGCUGAGGUCAUGCAGGUCGUCGAACACUGUCCACUGGCCAUCACCUUCUCUCCGGAGGAUGCUCAAGGUGUUCAAAUGCCCCAUGAUGACACCCUUGUCAUUGAAGCUGUCAUCCACAACUAUCGGGUGAAGAAAAUUCUAGUGGAUGAUGGGAGUAAGGUCAACUUGCUACCCUACCGGGUCUUCCAGCAGAUGGGAAUCCCUGAAGAACAAUUGGUCCGGGAUCAGACACCGGUCAAAGGAAUCGGAGGAGUCCCAGUACCUGUAGAAGGGAAGGUGAAGCUGGCUCUCACCCUAGGAGAAGCACCGAGGACACGCACUCAUUAUGCGGUGUUCCUGGUAGCCAAACUUCCUCUGAGCUACAACGCGAUCCUGGGAAGACCUGCCCUGUUCAACUUUGAGGCCGUCACCAGUAUCAGAUACCUGGCAAUGAAGUUUCCAACAGAAGCAGGGGUGGGAAUAGUUCGGGGAAGCCAGGAGGAAGCAAGGACAGUUCCGAAAGUUCAGGGUUUAUCUGGAAAGCCACCAGGGAGUAGUAAUGACCGAUCAACCCUUGAAGAAUAUUUUGCAUAG